AAAAAAAAAUCUUUCAAUUUGACAUUUCAACGAUAUGUAUCGUAUUAGUAUUGUAAGCAUAUUGGUGUCCGACAUAGGUGUUGCACACCAGGACACAUAAUUUGUGAGGCGUGUUCAAGCUUGAAAGAGAGAUAUUUAACCCUUUCUAAUUUGACAGUAGAUAGUAGGGCAGGUUGAUAGACUAGUUCGAGCGAUAUGCAACGCAGUAUAAAAGUUUUAUCAUACAUUUGAUUUAUUUUUAUAAAUUCUUGUGUGCUUAAUUUAUACUUGGCCACCCUUUUUGGUCAUGAGUUAAGAGUGAUUACUUGGCAAUUGGAUUAAUUUAUCAUAGUGAAGGAUGUAAUACUAUUUUUAUUAGUUUGUUUCUGUUCUAAAGGUUGUUUAUAUAAGUUACCGGUUUAGUUUUGGCUGUUAUAAGUGGAUUAGUCUAGCAACGUGACUUCAAGCUUACUUAAAAGAGAAAGAAUAGUCUGUUGUUGUUGUUGUGUAUGUAAUGGUUUAAAAUAGAUGAUGUUUCAACUGCCAUUUUAACUAACUAGAAUGUUACGGUGUAUAUUUGUGAAUGUAAAGGAGCCAGAGUGGGCUUAAAUUGGUGAUUUUGGGUAGACAAUGUGCAGGGACUAUGAACAAGAAAAGAGAGAACUCAUCAAAGCCCUUGUAAAGGACCGAAAACUUUCUGACAUCCCCAAGAUAUCUCAGCCUACAUUAAUAAUCUGGGGAGAACAUGAUCAAGUAUUUCCUUUAGAACUGGGACACAGAUUGAAAAGGCAUUUAGGGGACAAUGCUCAACUAGUUGUCAUUAAGAAGGCGGGGCAUGCUUUCUGUGCGGAGAAGGCCAAUGAGUUCUUCAGCAUCUUCAAGUCUUAUCUCUUGGAUUUCCAGGUGCCUGCAGAGGUCUCACCUUCAAAUGUAUAAAACAACAAUAAUCCUACUUCAAACACCAUUAUAUGAAACAAACCCUACAAACACAUUCUUUUUCCAUUGUCUCCAAAGCAUAGGCUCAUUAAAUAGUUCAAUGCAAAGGGGUUAGUGGCAUGUUGAUAAAUAAACUCUAAAUCAUUAGCAUUUGAAAAUCAUUGGAUUUGGAUCACAGGU